CUGCAGCGACACUCCGCGAGAGCUGGGCGCACUACAUACACGCCGGCGCGGCCAAGCGCAUCGACAGACAGGGGUGGCACAUCCCUCGCCGACUGCCUACCGCAACUCGGGACGUUGCGGGAGCGUCUGCAGAGCGCGCGUGCACGGCGAGAGAGCCCAGACUCGGGUUCUUCAGCAGCAACAGCAACAGCAGCGGAAGAAAUUAAAGAUGAACCAGCAGGGAGACGUCUCCCCGUCUGCAGACACCACGCCUUCUCUCGGGUCCCAGUACUCGUACAGCGAGCAAAACCCGCUGACCUCGGACGACCCUUCGGUCUACUACACGGACGCCGGGGAGCCGAAGAAGCCGCAAGCGGUCGCUCUUCACGGUUGGCAGAGGACCGUUGGCGUCGAUGAUGACUUUGAUGCUACCAUACCCGUGUGCCUCGGCGCACCGGGGACUGGGCUUGCCACAGCUAAGGUGCCCGCGAACGGGGGCGCAAUGCUCGGGCCCAGCAUGGGCAGAGGGAAGCCACUUCGCCCGCAGCAACAGCAGCAGCAGCAGCAGCAGCAGCAGCAGCAGCAGGAGAACUCAGCCGCGGCGGGGCAGCCGACGUCAGCGCCGGGCCUGGGCCUGGGCGCCGUGGUGGACCUCGGUAACGUGAAGGUUACCAAGGAGGACAAGAGAGAAGCUAAAUCGCUGAGGGUGCAGCCGGCGGCGGAAGGCGCGGCGCCGUUGCCCUACCCCCGCGUAGCCGACGUUGUCUCGGAGACCGACUCCUCCUCUUCCUCCUCCGCGGGGACGGACGACGACGACCCUACCGGCCGACAAAAGGGACGGCAGGAGAGUCAGUUCGAGACGAGCUCGGCUGCUUCCUCGGACAUGAGCUUCUUGGUCAACACCGCCUCCGGGGCUUUCUUCGGUGGCAGGCAGACCUUCGGGCGAGCCAUAGAGCCGCGGAUUCCGGCCACGGUCGGCGAGGAGCGCCUUCACAACAGCCUCGCGCAGUACAUGGGGAGCCGCCGAACCCUCGCGUCCAGGGGCGGCGCAAUGUCCACCGUGGGUGAGAGUCACACAUCUAUCACUGCUGCUACCGCUGACGGAACCGCCACAGGAGGAGCGGACAGAUUGGUCGGCGAGGUGGCGGCGGCGGUCGGUACCAGCAGCGCGAACACCACGGCCUUGUCCCUCAGCGGCGGCAGCGGCAGCACGAUGAACACGGGCGACAGCCAGGAGAGCGCCAAGGGCGUGGCCACCGCCGCCGCCGCCGCUCCGGAAGAACUUGAUCGUAGGAGUAAAUUUCGUCGCGGGAGCAAAGGCGGCAGCAGCGGCGGAAGAGAGGAAGAAACCAAAGGAGGUUCCGCUACUGGAAGAGGUGGUCCCUCGGAACGAAUAGCCAAGCGGUCCAGCUUCGGCGACGAGGAUGACGAGCCCGUGGAGACCGGGGAGAGAGCGAUACAUUGCAGCUGCCUGCGAAGAACCUGGCCUUGGGGGAAGGCGGGAUGGAUAGCAGAGGGCGGGGACCACCAAGAGGGAGGGAUGGUCGGUUGCGGGGGAGAAGAAAAACGCCGGAGCCGGAACGACGAAAGGAGGAGGACGCCCGUGCGACCAGCAGCGGGAGUACAGAAGAAGGUGCCACCACCUAACGAAACUUGUUGCGCAUCCCUACUCGACGCUUGGUUGAUGAGUGGGGAAAACGAACAGGGAGUGGCUGCUACUGGGAUCUAGUGUGGUAAGGUUUAAAGCUCUCUAGUGUGGAUGUUGUUCAAGCUGUUGUUUGGCGUGAGAACCAAGUCCCCCCUUUUAACUACUGAAGUGGUGGAGCGUACUAUAUUUGGGAGAUGAGAGAGGCGAAAAAAAAUGGGCGGCUGCGUCGCUUGGGUAUUUCGCGUUGUCGGUCGACACGUUCUACCGUCAAUUUUCAGAACAUUUUUUUUUCGCCCCACAAGCUGAGCGGCAGCCACCACAGAGCUGCUAUGUGAUGCGUUGUUCUGGAAUUGAUAGCGUUUGAUGAGCAUUUCUUUAAUAUCUUCCAACCUGAAGGACCACUUCUUGUUCAGGCGGCUGGUGUACUGUGCGGUGUAAUCAUUAAACGCGCCGGGGGGCGCCACCAAGCAAGGUUGCCGAGACCGGCCUAUCUUUCAAUCUUGUAAGGAAUUUUUAAGCCCCCCGUUGGGCUGUGCGAUCCCCUCGACGCCUGGGUCGAGGUUGUUUCUGUUACGAACUUGUGUUUGUUUCUCUUCCGUGUUAGUUGUGAUGAUCGCAUGUAGCAGAAACCGUCUGCGGUGGCAUCACACGAGG